AUAUCUGAAUCCAAUUUAAGUGGAUUAGUUAAAUGGACUUCUGGUUGUUAAAAAAAAAGGGCUUCUGAAAAGUCAUUCAUCAUUCUUAAACCCACGUUAGGUGAUUAAAAUAUCUGAAUCCAAUUCAUCAUUUAUCGCGUUUAAGACCAACAUUCUGCUGCUCAUCUAUAUUAAGAGUAUAAACCUUAAUUUUGCAGCUAAUUUGCAUCGUUAAUUAUAUAAAUCAAUUUCAAAAUGAAAUACAACAAAUUCUAUUUUGGAACAAAAUUUCAGAGAAAUAUCAAUUAAAAAUGUUUCAUUUACAAAAAAAAAAUGCUUAGAAAGAGAAUGUGAUAACUGUUUUUGGUCGAGAAAAUAUAAUGUGGUUAGAGUUUUGAAAUAAAUAGAUACGUUUAUAUAAACAGUUUUUUUUAAAGUAGGUCCAGUGGCAAUAGAUAUAAUAUUCUAGGGUACACUAAGGGAAAAUAAUAAGAAUGAUCCUAAAUUAAUAAUACUGAUUCUGUUUUUUCUAGGCAAAACUAGAAGGUUUAGUGGAACAAUCAAAAGGGUUAUAAUUGGUGGCGGAGGAGCCAUCUGCACUGUUCUGGCUUUCACCAUCUUAUGGUGGUGCUGGAAGAUAAUGCAGAAGCCAUCAGGAGCAACUGAUUUGCUAAUCGACGGAGAUAGAACUGACUCGUACGAGGUUGUGGCAGCUCGAGUUCAACGGAUAGCGUUUCUAACUAUAGCUGAAGCAACAAACGACUUUUGUGAUUCAAACAUACUUGGCAAAGGUGGAUUUGGUACAGUUUACAAGGGAAAAUUAGUUGAGGGGACAGAUAUCGCUGUGAAGAGACUGACCAGAAUGUCAGAUUCGGGAACCUCUCAGUUCUUGAACGAGGUGAAUUUAAUUUCAGAACUUCAGCACUUCAAUGUUAUUAGUCUACUUGGGUAUUGUUUCCACAGUGACGGGCACAUAUUGGUGUUCGAGUACCACGCAAAUCGAAGCCUUGAUUUGUAUUUCUUUGGAAGUACCGAAAGCUCUAAGCUAAGUUGGAAAAUAAGACAUAAAAUAAUUAAAGGAAUCGCAAGAGGAAUGACGUAUCUCCACCACGAUUCAUGUGUAACGAUCAUCCACCGAGAUUUGAAAGUAAGCAACAUCUUGCUUGAUAAAGAUAUGAAUCCCAAAAUAUCGGAUUUUGGGAUUUCUCGACUAGUUAGUAGAGACCAUAUCCAAACCAACACAAAGAAGGUAUCUGGAACCCGGGGAUACAUAGCUCCCGAGUGCUGGUCUGACAAGAUAUUCACAAAAAAAACUGAUGUCUUUAGUUUCGGAGUUGUGAUUCUUGAAAUAAUAAGCGGCAAGGCGAACUAUAAGUUCACCAACUCUAAGGGAGAGACUAGUCUCCUCACAUGCAUGUGGAGGAACUGGGAAGAAGAAAGCUUGCUUGAGGUAGUUGAUCCAUCCAUUAUGUAUUCAUCAUCUUCACCGUUAACAAUGAUUCAGAUCGUUCGAUAUACCCAAAUUGGUCUGUUAUGCGUACAAAAUAUUCCACAAGACAGACCUACAAUGUCCUCCCUUGUGGUAAUGUUUGAAAGUUCAACCGAACUUCCUCGUCCUAAACCUCCCGUUUAUUUUAACAGUGACACUACAUACAGUACUUUUGAGAUCGGUUCUACAUCUAUGUUAACAACAAUGUCCUCCCUUGUGCGUACAGAAUAUUCCACGAGACAUACCUACAAUGUCCUCCCUUGUGGUAAUGUAAGAAAGUUCAACAGAGCUUCCUCGGUCUAAACCUCCAGAGACAUACAAGUCCUGUUCCUUUGGUUGCCGCAGGUUUCGGCGUCAGCGGCAGCGUCAGCGUCAGCGGCGGCGACAGCGUCAAUGACGACAGUUGUUGUUCGUUUUGCAGCCGCUGACGCUACCGCUGACGCUGCCGCAUACUAUAUCGCGACCGCAGGUUUUAUCGGCGUCAGCCGCAGGACGCAGCGUUCGGACGCGGCGUCAAACGCAGCUUCCUGCGUCAACAAAACGAACAAGAAUUGACGCAGAAUGUUGACGCUGCCGCUGCCGCCGGUACCUAUGACAACCAAACGAACAGCCCUACAGUACUUUUGAGACCGGUUCUACGUCUACGUCGACCACACGGCCAACCAGCAAAUAUCAGUCAACUAUAGAACCUAGCUAAAGUUGACAUGUUUUAAUUUUCUUUAUAUCAAUAAACAUCAUGUAUGUAUUUUGUUGGAUACGGAUCAAA